AUGGGAAACCACAUCUCCUACCAAACAUCCGAGUGUGAGAUCCCAUUGCCGGGAACGAGUGGCUGUGUCAAAGGCCUGCAAAAUGGCACCCAGUCGAGACGCUUCGCCGGAAUUCCAUACGCGCAACCCCCGGUCGGCGACUUGAGAUGGCGAAAAUCUCAACCCUACCCUUUGCAACAGCUCACCGCAGGCCAGCCCGGAAAUACUUAUGAUGCGACGCGAUUUGGCCCCGUCUGCCCGCAGCCUAAUUACUCCAAAGCCGUCAGUUCCCAUGGUGGACCUAAACACACCUAUCAUGAAGAUUGUUUACGCCUCAAUAUCUGGACACCCGUUCCUGACCCCCAAGUGCGCAAUCCCAGGUGGCCUGUCGUCAUCUGGUUUCAUGGGGGUUGGUUCCAGAUUGGCGACCCCAGCCAGGAGCCGGGAAUGGACCCCACAGAACUUAUCUCCACUGCACGGUUGAAUGCCAUCUUUAUCGCAGUGGGCUACCGAUUGAAUGUUUUCGGAUUCCUGGCGGGCGAGGCGCUGCGGGAGGAGUCGGCUGGCCAAGAAGUCGGCAAUUAUGGUCUUUGGGACCAGCGACUGGCUCUGGAAUGGGUAUACCAGAAUAUUGCUGCAUUUGGAGGAGACCCAGAGAACAUCACAAUCUCGGGUCGCAGUGCUGGCGCUUACGCGGUUCAGGCCCAGGUAUUGUAUGACUUCCGGGGUGAGAUGGAGGAAGCUAUGCGCAACAAGUUUCGCAGGCUGUACAUGCACUCAAACGCGAUUCCAUCCCAGCCGAAGACUGUGCAGGAUUGCGAGCCACAGUUCGAUGAGUUGUGUCGACACUUUGACAUUUUGGCAGACCUGACAGGAGCAGAGAAGUUGAAGAAGCUGCGGGCCAUCAGUGCAACGGACUUGUGUGAUGCGAUCAUGAAACUCAAACACCACACCUUCCGACCGGUCACGGAUGGCGUCUUCAUCCAUCCAGGCGUCUUUGACUAUUAUCGCAAUGGCUCUUUCGCCGCAGAGUUCAAGAGUCGUGGUCUGCGGUUGUUUAUUGGAGAAGUCCGCGAUGAAAAUACACUGUAUGCCGUGACGAAUGGCCCGGAGGCCAGUCUGGAGUCUUUGAAACUGCAAGUGUCGAACUAUUAUUCUCCUGCCACAACAGACCGUCUACUACGGCACUAUGCCCUACCAGAUUCUACAGACAAACAGGAAUGGCAAUCUGUAUUCGGUCAGAUUAUCGCCGACGGGCAAGUCCGAGCGCCCUACAGGUUUCUGGUGAACAAUCUCCUGGAGAACGGGGUGGAUCUCAAGGAUGUCUGGCGGUAUCUCAUCGCAUACCGCUUGUCAUUCAUCACUGAAAAGGUAGCGCCAGCAUCUUUUGGAGUGAGCCACAGCAUGGACAGACCCAUAUGGAAUUACUCAAUCAUGCAUGGACCCAGUCCUGCAGAGCGCGUCUUGAUGGACGCCUGGAUCCGAGAUCUAGUGGCUUUUGUGAACGACCAGCCUGACUAUGACUAUGGUACACGGUCGGCAGAUGAGUACAAGGUGAUGACUCCGGAGGGCAAGAUUGAGAUUCAAAAGGACGGCCGAUGGGAUAGUCUGUUGCAGCUGAUGGAUGUGUUUUCGGGACCCUCGCCAUCCCUCACGCUUUCCCUUCUUCUUGACAACCAUCCGGCUUGUAUGCAACGGCACAGCUUGAGGACAGGCUCAUGCGUGGAAGAUGGGUCGAAGCACCUGGAGGGCUCAAAGCUGCCGGACUUGUCUGAUGCGCAAGGUCAAGCUUGUAUGCGAUGUCAAUCCUCAGCCCGCGAAUGUGGAGGUUACUCUGACUUGAGUCGCACUCCUUCAAGGGACACUGCCAUUGUUGGAAUGAACAAUCGAACCUUGAUAGUGGCCCAGAACCAGGAGCAGUUGGUCUCGAUCUUCAUGCGCGACUACUUACCCCCAGUGGCUCCAAACCCGAAGGACCAGUCGCCUAUUCACUGGGUAAAACUAUUUCCUUCCUUCAGUCAGUCCGUGUUGCCAGUCGUCAGGACAGCCCUCACUGCAUUGACACUUGCACAUGUGGCCUCCUUGCGGAAGGAUCACAACCUGGCACAAUACAGCAGACACCAUUACUUGCAAGCGAUACAGCAAAUAUGUACACUAACAAAUAUAGACUAUGUCUCUGAUCUCGUCCGCUCUGCCAUGAUCCUUGCACUCUACGAGGUCUGUGCACAACCGUCAGGACAGGAAGAUGCAUGGAGUGUCCACGUCCAGGCAGCCGGCAAGUUAGCCAGUGAAUCCAACUUUGCAACGGGGUUGCUCAACACGCAGGAUCUGCGCCGACUCCGUACUAUUGAGGUAGGCUCAUCUUAUUCCUGA